AUGGCAAUAAAAUGUACACUACUACUUUUUAUGUUCAUCUUAAUAUUAUUCAUUACUACUAAUUCACAAUCUCAAGAAGGCCAAAGCGGCGGCGGCGUUCCGCCGGCAGAUUUGCUAUGCAUUAGCGACUGCGAGACGUGCCCCGUCAUUUGCUCUCCUCCACCAUCGCCGCCGUCACCAGCUACUCCAAAAUCUUCCCCCCCACCGCUGCCGCCACCAGUACACCACCAGUCGCCGCCGCAACCAUACUACAUUGAUCUUCCCUCACCGUUGGCGCCGUCUUCAUCGCCACCAGAAGCCAAAUCUCCACCUCCUCCACCGUCGUAUAUUUCGUGGGGCGGCGGCGCCGGUGCUCCUCCACCACCUCCAUCGGUUUAUGUGUAUAAUCCGGGCACGACGGUGCCACCGGUGAUGGGGCAGCAGAAUUACUCUUACCCUUACUAUUAUUUCUAUACUUCGGAAGCUUCUUGUUAUGUUCGGCCACUUCGUUGGGGCUUUAUUCUUUUGUUUUUGUUCAUUUUGCACCCAACUUUUGUAUGA